AUGUCUAAUUCCCCUUUGAAAAAAAAAAAAAAAAAUUUCAGUCGUCUAUACCCAACAAACAUGUCUGAUAAUACUACCUUAGAUAACAUUAGUGUGGAUUCCGAAAAAGUUGUUGAUUUUGGUGAUGCCAUCCCACAACAACACAAUAAUCCUAUUACAAAUAUAAUAUCUCGUAUACACACACAUGAAUCCGAGCAAAGAGAACUUGAAAAACUUGUCACGAACAACAAAGGUGUGGAAAGAAUCAUUUCCGAAUUAGGUGAAGGUGCUGGGCAAUUAGGUCCAUUGGAACAAGCUUAUGAUGUGAAAAAAGUUGAAACCCAUGCUGAUCCACACACCGAUUAUAAUGCAGAUGAUCAAUGGCAAUACCCUAUUGAUGAAGAAACACAAUUAAGAUUGGUGGAUUGGGUUGAUGGCGAUAAACAAAACCCCAAAAAUUUCAGUAAAUCAUUCAAAUGGAUAUGUACUGUGUUGUUGGGUCUUAUCUGUUUUGUUGUUGCCUUGGGUUCGGCCAUUGUUACUGGUGAUAUGGAUGCCCCUGCUGAAUACUUUGGUGUUUCCAUGGAAGUUAUGAUCUUGGCUUCUGUUACCAUGUUUGUCAUUGGUUUUGGUGUUGGUCCUUUGGUGUUUGCUCCUAUGUCUGAAGAAGUUGGUAGAAAACCAAUCUACGUUAUCACAUUAUUUGUUGCUGUCAUUUUUAUCAUUCCUUGUGGUGCUGCCAAGAACAUCGGUACCAUGAUUAUUUGUCGUUUGAUUGAUGGUAUUGCAUUCAGUGCACCAAUGACUUUGAUUGGUGGUUCGUUGGCUGAUCUUUGGGAAGGGCCAGAAAGAGGUACCGCCAUGGCUGUGUUUUCCGCUGCUCCAUUCUUAGGUCCAGUGUGUGGUCCUAUCUUUGGUGGUUUGCUUGCUGAUCAUGCUCCAACCUGGAGAUGGAUCUACUGGACUUUCUUAAUCAUUGCUGGUGUUUUCUAUGUUAUCUUUGUUGCUGUUGUCCCAGAAACCCACCACGGUAUUUUAUUGAAAAAGAGAGCCAAGAAGUUGAGAAAAAUCACCGGUGAUCCAAGAUACAGAUCCUUCAACGAAUUGCAAGUUAGAAAAUUCAGUGAAGUUGCCAAAACUUCUCUCUUGAGACCAUUCCUUUUGUUAAGUGAAUUAAUUGUGUUUUUGAUUACUUUGUACAUGUCUGUUUUGUACGGUUUGCUUUACAUGUUCUUCUUUGCCUACCCAAUAGUAUACCAAGAAGGUAAAGGUUGGUCUGCUUCCAUGACUGGGGUUAUGUUUAUUCCAAUUGGUGUUGGUGUCAUUUGUUCAUCAUUAGCCGCUCCAUUGUUCAACACAGAUUACAACAAGAGAGCUCAGAAAUACAGAGACAGAGGUGAACUUCCACCUGCAGAAUUAAGAUUAAUCCCAAUGAUGAUUGGAUGCUGGUUUGUCCCUGCUGGUCUUUUUGCCUUUGCCUGGUCCUCCUACGCACACAUCUCAUGGGCCGGUCCAUGUUUCUCUGGUUUCGGGGUUGGUUUCGGUUUCCUUUUAUUGUACAACCCAGCCAAUAACUACAUUGUCGACUCCUACCAACAUUACGCUGCUUCUGCUUUGGCAGCAAAAACAUUUGUCAGAUCCAUUUGGGGUGCUUGUGUUCCAUUAUUCACUAUUCAAAUGUACCACAGAUUAGGUUACGAAUGGGCUACAUCUUUGAUGGCAUUUAUCUCAUUAGCAUGCUGUGCCAUCCCAUAUUUGUUCUUCAUUUACGGUGCAAGAAUCAGAUCAUUCUCUAAAUAUGCCUACUCUCCAAACAUGGAAUCCAAAAGACCUCAAUAA